AUGGAAACAAGAUCUGCCAAGAGACGGAAGCUUCGUAGUCAUGAUCAUUCAUGGGGAAACAACACCGGCGAAGAUCGCAUCACUGAUCUACCCGAUGCCAUUCUUCAUCACAUUUUCCGCCUUCUUCCCAUCAAAUCCAUCGUACAAACAAGCAUCUUAUCGAAACGCUGGAGGACUCUCUGGUACACAUUCCCUGAUCUUGAUUUCACCACCAUCAUCCCAUCUGGAACUGCUUUAACAAAGUUCGUUUACUGGAAUAACCUUGGCAACGUUAUCACCCAGGUUUUAUCUCUUCGCGAUAAGCUAUCUGAUGUGAGAAUCCUUCGUUUCUACGCCUGUAUGAGUUUUUCUGGGUUGCACGCACUCAUCCGUAGUGCCAUUAGGCUUCAUGUUCAAGAACUUGACAUCAGGGUUGCAACCAAUGAUACAUUUAACUUUCCUAGAAGCAUAAUUACCAGUGAUUGUUUGAGGGUUCUGAAGGUUAAAUCUUAUCCUGGUUUUAGGUUACCUCCAUCAAGGAUAAUGACAGCAGGGUUUCAAAAACUUCGAACAUUAUCACUUUCCUUCGUUUACUUAGACAAUCAAUCGUCUUUACUUGACCUGUUCACCGAUUGUGCAUUUCCACAGCUCACGAAACUGCACUUAGAUUCUUGUUUAAAUUUAAAACACCUUCGAGUGGGUUGUCAUUUACUAGAAGAACUAGUUCUAGAGAAUUGUUCUUCAUUACAAGGCUUGGAGAUUGCGGCUCAUAAAUUAGAGACAUUAAAGGUUUCAAGUUGUUUCGAUGCUUUUAAUAUCAAUAAUACUUGGCUUCAAAUUGAUUCCCAGAGAUUGAACACCAUUGUAUGGGUGAAUAAUCCGAUUACUAGCAAGAGUUAUAUACAGAAUAUAGUUUGCUUGCAUGAGGUUACUAUAGGGUUUCUUUUAAACCAAGAAAAUCUUGAUGUUGAUAAGCUUCAAAACGUAUCUACUUUUCUUUCUGGACUGUCUCAUACCGAGUCUUUAACGCUGGAAAGCCGGUUUGUAGAGAUUAUGUUGAAGAACAAGCCUCUUGCGACAAUCUUUUUCCAUCCAUUCAUGAAGCUCAAAUCACUGGAACUGCGGACCAGAGAUGUUCUGGGGUUUGGCAAGUUUACUCAAGAUAUGCCCUAUGAUCCACACACUAAUUAUUAA